CUCUGUGCUACUUGCCACCGGCCAGAAGUGCACAGAGGGCAGAAAUGAAGGGCAACGGCAGGAUGGGGGGCCUCUCGGGGGCCAUCCUGGUCUUCUUCAUUGCCGCUCAGGUCUCCUUCCAAUUUGCUGGGGCAGAAGCGCGGGCCUUCCCAGAAUCCGGCACGAGUCUGAAGAGGCCGAAGAGAGAUUGGGUCAUCCCUCCGAUCUCAGUGCUUGAGAAUGAGAGGGGUCCCUUCCCCAGGAAGGUGGCGCAGAUCAAAUCCAAUAAGGACAGAGAGACCACCAUCUUCUACAGCAUCACUGGGCAAGGAGCAGACGCACCCCCUGAAGGCGUCUUUACUGUGGAGAGGGAUUCUGGCUGGCUGGAGGUGACCCGCCCGUUGGACAGAGAGGCCAUCGACAAAUACAUUAUCUACUCCCAUGCGGUCUCUGCAAAUGGAGAGCCUGUUGAGGACCCCAUGGAAGUCAUCAUCAAGGUGACCGACCAGAACGACAACCGGCCCCAGUUCACCCAGCCCGUCUUCUACGGAUCAGUGCAAGAAGGAGCCACGCCAGGUACCAGCGUGAUGCAGGUCUCGGCCACUGAUAAAGAUGACAGUGUGGAUUCCUACAACGGGGUCAUCACCUAUUCCAUCAUCAGCCAGGACCCGCCAGAGCCCCACCCCCAAAUGUUCACGAUCAACAGGGACACAGGCACGAUUAGUGUAUUCACAGCUGGCCUGAACAGAGAGAAAUUCCCCAAGUACACGCUGAUCCUCCAGGCUGCUGACAUGCAGGGACAAGGCUUAACCACUACAGGGACAGCCGUGAUUACUGUCACUGACACGAAUGACAACCCCUCGGGUCCUGGCGAAGGAGGGGCUGAGCUGACGGUCCACGCACUGAACGUUCUCACUGGCCUCCCUGCAACAGGCCUGGCUCUGUGGCUUGAGGAUCCCCAACAGCCACAGGCACAGAUCAUGGCAAGCACCACAAACACCAAAGGGCGCAUGGACGAGAGCAGCAGGCUGCCCAAGAGGCUCAAGGCUGGCACCUACAAGCUGCACUUUGAAACUGGAGCUUACUGGCGGCAGCAAGGCUACACCAGCUUCUACCCCUACGUGGAAAUCGUCUUCACAAUCACCGAAGCAGAAGAGAAGGUCCACAUCCCCUUGCUGCUCAGCCCCUUCUCCUACACCACCUACCGGGGGAACUAGCAGAAGAGAACGGAGGCCACUCGCGGCUGCACAAGCAGGCUCAGGCACGGGGCUCCCCGGAGCUCUCUGCACCCCUCCCCCUACUCCAGGCCAUGAGGAUAAUAAUAAAAGGCAAAGGGAUGUUGGGAGAGCAAACA